AUGGCCGUCCUUGGUUUUUGGGUUUCAUUUUGGAGCUGUCCUAAGUCCUUGGAUCUCGUUCGUGUGCUCCUUGGUCUUUGGUGCAUCUGUCAUCUGAAGCAGAUCAACGUGCUGUUUACCAAGGGGGCGCAGGGGAGGAGCGACGUUGACGGGCACUGUGUGCGAGGAGGGGACGCGGCAGCAAUGGAAGAGCAGCCAGCGCACGAGGUGGAGGUGCUGAGGCGGACGAUGGAGAGAAACCCUGAUGACAUCCGCUUCCAGCUUGAAGUGGACAUUUGCAGAGCACGGAUAGUGAAAUUGGAGGAGCAGGUGCAGGCAGGUACUAGUGAGGCGGACAAAAUGGGGGCAUUGGAACGGCUGAACCAUGCGUUGAGGGAGGAGCUGCUGGAGGCGCUUCAUAAAAUUGAGGCGCAAAAGGGCCAAGGCGAGGUGCUGCAGAGGGAGAAGGAGGAGUUUCGGGCAAAAUCUGUUCGCAUGGAGGAGCAGGCCAGGGUGCAGUGUGGAGUGGCGGAGGAACAGGUUCGUACGUUGUCGCAGCAAGUGGCGGCAUUCCAGCAGGCAGAGUUUGCUCUCAAGAUGCAAGUUGUGGAGCGGGACAGGCAGAAGGCUGACCUUGAACGUGAGUUGAACGCGUGCCAGGCAGAACAAGCCAGAAAUGCUGCUGAGAGGGAUCAAUUCGCCAGGGAAACAGCACAGCUGCUGCGCGCAGGGCGGGAGGUGAGGCUAGAGCUGGUGGAGGAGAAGGAGAGGGCUGAUGAGGAGUUAGCAGCUGCUAACGAGAGAAAUGCAGCUGCGAGAGAGAAAGCUGAAGUGCAGGAAAGGCAGUUGAGGGCGGAACUGGAAGAGGCACAAAAGCAGAUGGAGGUUUUGGUGGAGGAGAAGGAGAGGGCAGAAAAGCAGGUGGAUGUUCUAGUGGGGGAGAAGGAGAGGGCAGAAAAGCAGGUGGAUGUUCUAGUGGGGGAGAAAGAGAGGGCUCAGGAGCAUUUGUUAGAGGCAAGAGAGAAGGUGAGAAAGUUGGAAGAUUUCGAGAGAGAGAGUGGGAGGGUGCUGGCAGGGCAGGAGGAAGAGCUCAGGUUGGAGAGAGAGCGGGCGAGUCAUGUUGCGGGACAACUGGAGGGGCGGAAGGGGGAGGAAGAUCCAGUCUCGACUUCGGCAGCGGGGGGGAGGUGUUCCAGGUCGGGAAGGUAA